UCUCGGUUGGAGUUGGUGAUUAAGGUUUGGGUGGAGGGAGACCGUGCAGUCGCAGUGACAAGUGACAAGUUAUUCCCAAUGACACGCUAAUCGAGUGCAACCGGUCUUUCCUGUUUUAAAAUCCUCUCUCCUUCCCCGUCUCCCCACCUCAACUUCUAACCCAUUUCCUUCUUUCCCUCACUUGCACUGCACCCACAGCUUCUAUGUACCCAGACACCCAUUUCCCCACACAGAUGAUCAUCUCUGAUCCUCUCCGUCUCCCCUUCGACAGGAGACUAGGCGUCAUGGAUUCCCUCAUCUGCAACUUACCCACUGCCAUUCCUUUCAUGGCCCAAGACUGUGUAACUUCCUCCUCCUCCUCCUUUCAGACGCUCCACCCAAACGAAUAUGACGAAGCAGAAGAAGAAGAAGAGCCCAUUCUGAGCCUCAGACCACCCGGUGAAAGGCGCCCCAAACACUCAUACCCGCCGGGUGUGCCGGGUGUGCACUCAUACCCACCGGAUGUGCACUUCCACAGGUCGGAUGCGCACUCAUACCCGCCGGAUGUGCACUUCCACAGGUCGGAUGUGCACUCACACCCGCCGGGUGAAGAGCACAGACAUCAGCCCGGUGGAGAGCAUUCCAGAGUGACGGUUGCCUUACAGGUUGGUCCUCCGUCAGUCUCAGAAGUUGAGGGGGCGGAGGAACGGGUCGGAGAGUAUUGGAUCCCCACACCGGCGCAAAUUCUGGUGGGACCGACGCAGUUUUCAUGCGUCGUCUGCAAUAAGACGUUCAACCGUUACAACAAUAUGCAGAUGCAUAUGUGGGGACAUGGAUCGCAGUACAGAAAGGGCCCUGAAUCGUUGCGAGGAACAAACCCUUCGGCUAUUUUGAGACUCCCUUGUUAUUGUCCUGCACAGGGUUGCAGGAACAAUAUUCACCACCCGCGUUCGAAGCCCCUGAAGGACUUCCGGACGCUUCAGACCCAUUACAAAAGGAAGCACGGGACCAUGAUGAAGGCCUUUUCCUGUGGGAAAUGCAGCAAGGCGUUUGCUGUUCGAGGGGACUGGAGAACCCAUGAGAAGAAUUGUGGAAAACUUUGGCUUUGCAUUUGUGGGUCGGAUUUUAAGCAUAAACGGUCUCUGAAAGACCAUAUUCGGGCUUUUGGGAACGCCCAUGCGCCUCAUGAGCUUCGGUACUGCAGUAAUGACGCUGCUGCUUCGCCUUCUGAUGAUUCUUCCAGUGCUUCUCCUUAGCCCUAAGUUUUUUUGUGUAGUACUGUUCAUAAUUCUACUGCAUAGUCCGAUCGGAAUUCCCUGUAUAUUUCGUGGGAAGGAUCCAGAGCAAUGUAAAGAAGCUUUUAGAGCUUGGUUUUUUCAUGUUUAUUUUUAAUACAGAGACGCCUUAUUUCUUUC